UUUAGUCACACACACGGCUGCAGGCCCCCCCCACCCCACACACACACACACCAACACAAAAAAAGAAGCCAAGCAGGAAUAUCAGUGCAUAGAAGAAGAAGAGACCUCGGCCUGGACGUGCUCGCCUGUGGGAAGUGAGGAACCCUUUCCUUUCACAACUCCUCCUCUUUCUCCCCCCCUGAAAGAAAAAAAAAAAAAAGCAAAAUGGGUGACUUGCCGGAGGACGGCUCGUUCAUGUUCACGUCGGAGUCUGUGGGGGAAGGACAUCCAGACAAGAUUUGCGACCAGAUCAGCGACGCCGUCCUGGAUGCCCACCUCAAGCAGGACCCCAACGCCAAAGUGGCGUGUGAGACGGUGUGUAAGACGGGCAUGGUGCUGCUCUGUGGAGAGAUCACGUCCCGGGCCAACGUGGACUACCAGAAGGUGGUGAGGGACGCCAUCAAACACAUCGGCUACGACAACUCCGAUAAAGGUUUCGACUACAAGACGUGUAACGUUCUGGUGGCUCUGGAGCAGCAGAGUCCAGACAUCGCUCAGGGGGUCCAUGUGGACCGCAAGGAGGAGGACAUUGGCGCCGGGGACCAGGGUCUGAUGUUCGGCUACGCCACCGAUGAGACGGAGGAGUGCAUGCCUCUCACCAUCGUCUUAGCCCACAAACUCAAUUCCAAGAUGGCGGAACUCAGACGCAACGGAACCAUUCCGUGGCUGCGCCCAGACUCCAAAACCCAGGUGACGGUGCAUUAUGACCAGAAAGAUGGCGCUGUCAUCCCCAGGAGGGUCCACACCAUCGUCAUCUCCGUGCAACACGACGACUACAUUUCUCUGGAAGAGCAGAAGAAGGUCCUCAAGGAGAAGGUGAUCAACGCUGUGGUUCCCGCCAAGUACUUGGACGACAAGACCAUCUACCACCUGCAGCCCAGCGGCCGCUUCGUCAUCGGAGGACCUCAGGGAGACGCUGGCGUCACAGGCCGUAAGAUCAUCGUGGACACGUACGGAGGCUGGGGCGCUCACGGGGGCGGAGCUUUCUCGGGCAAAGACUUCUCCAAAGUGGACCGCUCGGCCGCUUACGCCGCUCGCUGGGUGGCCAAGUCCUUGGUCAAGGCCAAGCUAUGCAGGAGGGUUCUGGUCCAGGUGUCCUACGCCAUCGGGGUGGCUCACCCUCUGUCCAUCUCCUUGUUCACCUACGGCUCCUCCAGUAAAACCGAGUCUGAGCUGCUCCACAUCGUCAACAAGAACUUUGACCUGAGGCCAGGGGUCAUUGUCAGGGAACUGCAGCUGAAGAGGCCCAUCUACCAGCAGACGGCCACCUACGGCCACUUUGGUCGGGCAGAGUUUACUUGGGAGAUUCCCAAAAAGCUGGUUGUGUAAAAGGCUCAACUGAAUCAACACAAGCUAAAAAGAAAUCAAAGCAAAGUUCUCCAUGGGGGGUAGGGGUGGAGGAGGAGGAGGUGAGGCUACGUAAGCUCUCCUGGGAACCAGAAGAGCAAACAUUGCUGGGGACGUCCAUCUUCUCUUCCAUCCUAUCAAUUGUUGCUUGCUGCUUGCUCUUCAUCCUCCUCUUUACCAAUAAAUGUCCAAUCACGAAUCGCCACCACCUCAAGGAAUCUUUCCAGCCCCAAUUCCUGCUCAACAAACAGGUCAACAGGAAGUGGGGGGCGGGAGAGGGGGGGUCCAGUUCCAUAAAAGCAUGUUACAGUUACACUAAAUGCCAGCGAGCCACUAUUGCCUUAUUUUCCUAAGCGCUGCUUACCGAGUGCCUUACUUUGUCUCUGACUUGGUUUCUUCCUCUUCACUUCCUGUCCGUGGCCCGGCCUGGCGCCUUGAAACAAACGCACCAAUGCAUCAGCUAAUUUGGGAGAGUGGGGGGGAGGGCAUGUUGACUUUUUUGCAAGGUCUUAAUUGUACAGAAAGUAUUGAUUGAAUUCCUCCGUGGAAUAUUCCAUCAGCGGCUGUUGUGAUCCACGUCCUUUAUACUCGCAUGUCUGGACAUUGUAAAUAAUUUCACACUGAAAAUUAAAGCUAUCGAUUCAAA